GGACCACAACACAGUUACACAACUUUAUAAAACCCUCUGUCCCUAUUCCUUUUCCCCCGCCUAAAUUCUAACCCGAUUUUCCUUCCGAAAGAGCUUUACUCAGCACUCCUCGAUACACGCUUGUAGAGAUUCGCCCUCUUUCAGAAGUCUGAACAUGGCAGAUGAUUUGGAUCCUGAUACUUGCGUUGGGUUCAAACGUAGAAUUAGGGAGGUUGUUUCUGGGACCGAAGACAAGCCAGAUACCCUGCAACAACAAGAUCGUCGUUCUCUUACUGUUCAGUCCCAAAACGUCACGGAGAAUCCCAAAUCAAGAGACGAAGGAAAACUGGCCGAUAUCGUUUGUGUUGCUUCGGAUUCCGGCACUUUCUUCCAGAAGAAGGUCAGGUGCUGCGAGAAUAUGCAAGAACCCGGUGAUUGCGAGGCGGGCUUCUUAUCUGAGACUGAAGCAAAGCAAGGAAACGGUGAAGUAGGUAUGCUGGGUUUUGGUAUAACUCUGACUCAAGAGUGCGAAAAGAAUGGGGAAGAGGUCUCGUUCUGCGUCCUGGGGGACACAGAAACGAGGAGUCCUGCGAAAGAUGAAGUGUGGUUAUCUGGAGUUCAAGAAUUUGGUUGUCUAAAGAACGGGUUUGGAGAGAAAGGGUCUAUGCUGGAAGUUCAGAUGGGUUCUGUUGUGGAGGAUUGCCAAGCAGGUUUGGGAACUCCUUCUCCAGCUUUUAAACAGAGCCAAGAGAUGUUGAAAGAUUGCUUCUUGAAAAUGAAGGAGAAGGGUCAUUCUGUCGAAUCUGAAAUUGGGUCCGUCUCUGAAGUUGAAGCUGCCUGCGUUAUCAAAGUUGCCGAUUCUGAGAGUUCAGUGGGAAUCAUGGGCGGUUCAUUCAAGAAUAAAGACUACACUCAGAAUAUGUCAAAGAUUGAAGGAAAGCAGAAAAUGGCGCCACGACAAUGUUGCUUAAACAUUGAAGUAAUAGAUGAAACGGCAUUGAUUCAGUCACCUUCUGUGUCAAAGGAUAUGGAAUCGGUGGAUUGUGCCAAGAAUUCAGAAAUAAAUGGCAAGAAGAAUGUGAAUUCGGAAAUAGAUGCAAAGAAGGAGAAAAAGACCCGAAGGAGGGGGAAAGGUGCUAAGAAGGUUUUGGGGACGAAUGGAAAGCAAAAUAUUGUAAGCCACUCAGUUGAAUCACAAAAUGUUUGUCAAAAGGCUGGAGGUGGGACUCUGAGAAUUUACUCCAGGAAGCAGAUGGAGGCCCUGAGAUUUGUGAAUUGUGAAGGGCAGAAAAAGAUGUGGAAUGAUGUAUACUGUAUGCUCGGUCCUGUGGUGGCAGGGGAGUACAAUGACCUUGCCAGUUGUAAUCAUCAGAAGCAUAUCCGGGUGAACUUUGAUCCUCGCCAGCAUUUUGGAAAGAAAGAAGAGCCUCCUGCAUUUCUAGGGGAAGUGUGUUCUCAGGAUCUCGUUAAUGAAAUGGAAGGCAUGAAAGAUAAUGGAAUAGAAAACGUGAAUUCCUUGGAGGCUUAUCAUGUUAAUGGUGAAGAUAGCUGCACAGUUCUAGAAGGAGAGUGUAGUGAAGAUAGUGAUGAAUAUUAUAGCAGCAUUCAGAGACCUGCUUUUUAUGUUGCUGGAGAACCGAAUUUUGACUCUGGACCUCCGGAAGAUGGAUUAGAGUAUCUUAGGCGUGUCAGGUGGGAAGCUGCGCAAAUUCCAAAAGUGAAGGUGGCCAAGCUUGAGAAGAGUAAACUUGAUAGUGAGCAGACUGUUUACAUGCCAAUGAUCCCUGAUAUAGCCAAGUGCCCAGACCAUUUGCUGCCUAUGAAAAAGUGGGAAGAUGCAUUCCUAGCUGACUUUUCUGAACUAAGGCUGGCUGUGUCAGGUCUGGAGGGGUCUAAUAUAGAAAAUUUUGACGAACUGCAAUCGAUAUUUAAUUUUCAUGAAUGCCGUCCGCUUCCUGAGAGUGCCACUGUUGAAAAUUUUGACAAGCCUACAGUUGGAGUUGAUUCCUUUGAGUCUCCUGAUUCUUCCAGUAUCAAGCAUCCUGAUGUCCAGCAGUCUGUCUCGACUGCUACUGAGUAUGCUGCCUCAGUUUCUUCUGGGGUGCCCUCCACUCCUAAAUCAUUAGCUAAUGAAUUCUCCAUCAAUGAUCCUACAUUAUCUGUGAUUCAAGGGAUGGACUCUGUAGCUCGAGCUUCAAUGCUUAGGAGGCGCAUAAGCUCUGCUGAGCACAUGAGCACUCUGUCAAGGAGUGACUGUCUCUGGCUAUUUGCUCUGUGCGCGGCUGUUGAUACACCGCUAGAUGCUGACACUUGUGCAGCCCUUCGGAGUUUGCUUCGAAAAUGCGCAAUCUUGCGUGCUGCAAAAUCUGAAGUUGAUGAUGAGGUUGUAAUGCUGAAUAUUCUAGUCACAAUAUCGGGUUGUAGCUGUGGACUGCUCACUUCAGCUUUUCCUUGAUGACAGUCUUGCUAAUGGGGAGGGAUAAAACAUUAUGAUAUUUGAGAAAUAAUAUUUGUUGAAUUUUUCUA